AGUAAACGUAUCCAGCAGACUUUAAGAUUUGAAUCAUUAAAAUUUUCGAGUUUAACCUCUAUGGAAGCUUCGCAACCUCUCUCUGUAGAGAGCUUUUCAUACUCAUGGUUACUGAACCAAAACCUGUCUCUUGAUAGUCCAAAUUGUUCCUUUAGAGUGUCGUUUGAUGCAGCAGACGGUGCUUCAUUCAUCGAGAUGGACCCUAACCUUACACCCUCCAAAAGGUUUCUUGUUCAUCACGAAUUCAAUUUUGAUAUCCCGACAUCCCAAUCCCCUACUACGGCUGUUCAUGCCGAUAAGCUAAUAUCAAAUGGUAUCCUUGUUCCCGUGAUAUCAUGUGGUCCAUCUUCUGACUCCAUUCGUGUUUCUCCAUCUUCUAGCACUCAAGAGGAGGGUCGUUUUCGUAAAAGUCGUUCUUUGUCAUUACGUAAGUGCAAUAAACUGCCGAAAAGAAUCAUACAAAAGUAUAUGGACUUGGUUAGGCCCCUUUGGUGUCGAAUAAGACGGGGAACGUCAGAUAGUAGUAGAGUACAAGGAGUCGAGAAUUGGGAAUGUUCAAGCAUUUCCGGUCCUAGACCAAGUGAAGCAUGUAAGGUAGAUAAUCGUCGAACGUCUUGUGAUUCUGAGAGCUCAAUUCACGAGGCAGUUGUACAUUGCAAGAAAACCAUUGGUAUGGACUAGCCAGCUAGAGCUCCUGGUUUCUCUGUCUAGUUACAAAAUAAAUUUACAUGUUGUAUGAAACAAUUGUACCUUUUUCUACUUGACACGGUCUUAAUAAACGAAACCUACAGUGUAUCGUUUCAUGUA